AUUUUACUUUAACAUCCUCCGUCUCCUCCUUGUGUCCGCGUGAACACACACGCGCUUACAAAUUACAAUACAUACAGAUCCCCCAAAACAAAAACCUAGGGUUUUACCCUCAAAUUUCAGUUGCUAUUAUAUACACUUAAUCAAUAACAGUGAAGGCGUGAUGGAUUUUCGCAAGAGGGGUGGACCUGAUGCCAUCACCAAUGGCGGUGGUUUCAAGAAAUCUAAGCUCGGUUUCUUUGGCUCUCCUGACCUGGACUCCUUAUCAAGUGGUAUAGGAAGCAAAAAGAAGCCCUGUUCGAAAUUUUUCAGCAUGGUUGGUUGUCCAUAUGGUGAAGGUUGCCACUUCCUCCACUAUUAUCCAGGUGGCUACAAUGCUGUUGCUCAGGUGAUGAAUCUUGAACCAAUUCCUGCGGCACAGACAGCGUCCAAUGGCUCCUCUCCAGCUGUUAAGUCGCGCUUGUGCAACAAUUACAACACUGCUGAUGGCUGUAAGUUUGGCGACCAGUGCCAUUUCGCUCAUGGUGAAUGGGAGCUUGGGAGGCCCAUUCCUCAGUCUAACGAAGAUGCUCGUGACAUUGGAAUAAUUCCAGGCAGAUUUGGUGGCAGAAUUGAGCAAUCCCCUGCAUAUGGAGCAAUGCCAGGCAGAUUUGGUGGCAGAAUUGAACACCCAGUUGCCCCUGCAUCUGGAGCUUUAUCAGGCAGAUUCGGUGGCAGAACUGAACAACCCCCUGUUGCCCCUGCAUCUACUUUUGGUGCCUCGGCUACUGCAAAAAUCAGUGUUGAUGGUUCCCUUGCUGGAGCUAUAAUUGGAAAAGGAGGGAUGAAUUCGAAACAGAUAUGUAGGGAAACAGGAGUUAAACUUGCUAUCCGAGAUCACGCAACCGACUCAAAUCUUAAAAACAUCGAACUUGAGGGAACAUUUGAACAAAUUAGUCAAGCGAGCAUUCGGGUUGGAAACCUUAUUGAAAGCAUUGGCUUGACAGCAGACUCAUCAAAAUCAUCAUCCGGAAUUCAUGCCUCGCCUGCACCCCGAGCCGCUAGCAACUAUAAGACAAAGCUGUGUGAAAAUCUUGCAAAAGGCUCCUGCACAUUUGGCGAAAGGUGUCACUUUGCACAUGGGGAGGCUGAGCUGAGGAAAUGAUGGUAAAUCAUUUGGAUGCAAUUGUGACUAGUAUAGACCCUUUUUCUGCGUUGGUUUAAAAUGAAAAUUUGCUUAGAGCUACUGAGAAAUUGGUUUUAUUACUUAAAUUUUGAAGCUUAGACAAUUAGAACUGGUUUAAAACUUUUCUGCACAAUUUUUCGGCCAUGUCAAAUUCAAUCUAUAUGCAGUCUCAUUGUAGUGA